UUCUGAAAUUAUUACGCAAGAUCAGAUCCUUGAAGGAACGUGACCAAGUCAACGCAGGUGUUGGUCGGGGAUGGGUAACAUUUGGAACACACUUGCUGAUGAGGAUACCAAAUCCUCUGUGUGUGAAGUAAUUGGGAUUGAAUCUGACCCAGAAGAUCUGAUAUCCUUCUGUGCCCAGCCUGGAUGGAGAACACAUCACCGGAAAUAUCUGAUUCCUUUAAUAGCUGAAGUCAAAAAGUUGCUACGUCCAAGCUAUGAACAAUUUACAGCCACGGGAAAUGUUGCCCAGAUUUCCAGUCCGACAACUCGGGGUUCUAGAGGAUCGAUGCCUUUAAAACAAUGGGUAAUAUCCACUAAAAACCCGAGAAUUAAAUUGCCAUCCGUGGUUACCAACAGAAAUAAUGAUUUGCUUCAACCCAGCACUUUGAAUCUGUAUAAACAUCUCAAGGUCCUUCAUGGGUGUUUUACCAGAGAGAAAUUAUGCACUACUGCAAGAAGGCUUAAGGAAAGACUAAUGAACAACCACAGGUCAAACAUCACUGCAAAUAUUUCAGCCACUGCUACAAAGUACCCUGAAGCAGCAAUCUUUAUCCAUGCCAAUGAUGGGCCAACUAAGGCUUCUGCUAGGAACGAAGAUGUGAGCCAUUCAGCCCCUCGUCCCUCUACUAGAAACUCCUCGGUGAGUCCCACUAGAUGUCACCGGACUCCUACCAUCGAGAACGCUGAUGGGUCCUGGAUAACUUUAGCAAGGAACCCUAAGUUAAACAUCAACAGAAAAGUGUCGGCAACCAUCGAUAGGAACCCUUGGGGAAUCAUCUCAAGAAACCCUGUGCUAACGUCUACUCAGAAGGCAAGAACAACCAACCAAAAUCCUUCGAUGGUGGCCAGCGAAAAGCCAAGAACGACUGCUGGUCGCAACUUGUUGUUAAUUGCCACUAAAAACCCCAACAUUUUCCUCAUUAAAAACUCGGCAAACAGAAACCCAAAUAACAUCAUCAGGAACACUUGCACUGUCACCACUCAAAACCCCAACGUGACCACAGUUCAGAAACUCAACCGGAGAUGCAGUGGAAGCAUCGCCUGGGCCUCUCGUCCACCAUCCAAGAUGGCCGCAGCUCAAUAUCCUCCUAGGAACACCGCACGAAAACGCGGAGGGGUCCUUCUUCAACAUUCCAAUUGGAUCAGCAUGAAAACUCACAGCGGGAGCAUUGUUCGAGGCCCCGGUGGAGAAGUGAAUAACAUCACCAGCGCAAAUACCAACAAAAUCAUCAUUCAAAGAACCAAGGUGCACGUAAUCAGAAAACGUGGCAGGAUGGCCAUUCAAAAAUCUGCAAUCACCACCAUUAGAAAUGUCAACAUCAUCAAUACCUGUUUGACCCUCGGUUAGAAGGCAAAGAAAAUUCAACAUUCUACGUUUGGUAGAUUGCCUGUGAUUGA